UAAUAGUACAGUGAACGAAUUAUGCGAACAAAUCGAGCGUUUUGUGGUGUGUUAGCUAGGAGCUGAAUUCUUGAAUUGAAUUUUUCACACCGGAACCGAAUGUGUCCCUAUCCCUGCAAACAUUCUAACGAUAGUUCCUGCCGCAAGUGACUCAGUGUUUACGUGUUCGGGUGUGUGUGUGUCUGCCGUGUAGUGGUAGCUUUAUACGUGGAACGAUACUACUUUAGUGUGAAGUUAUCAACCCAACCUCAAACAGUGCAGUGUGCAGCGAAGAAUUUACCUUGGUGAAGCUUUAUGUCGAAGAAGAGCAGCGCGUGAUACGAGCAAUUCGAAGCAUCAGGAAGUGCAGUGCUUGCCACGGGCACAUCAUACACCGGCAACGGUACACUACGGAACCAGCAAGUGACAAGGCAGUGUUAUGGCUUUGUCGCUUCUGCAGGACGCUCAAACAGCAAGAGGAUUAGCCGCCGUCCGUACGUUGCAAGGUAUGAACCGUGACGAGGAGCGCAGCCUGUCGGUCUCACCGCCCCUCACUGGCCAACGCCAGCAGCACCAUCUCAGUAUGAACUUCCAGCACACGCCCUCCCUGUACGGUGGGUUCCACCCAGCCACCGCAUCCGCCAUGGGUAUGCUUGCCCCCCAACUGCUGGCCGCCAACCAGACGGCUGCCGCCGCUCUAAUGGCCGCCGGACUGCCAAUGUCCCUGCGGGCAUCGCUCGCUACCGGGCUCUUCCCACCGCAUGCCGCACUGUUCGGUGCGUGGGCACCACCAACACCGACCAGCAAUAACAGCAGCCCUCCACCACCACAGAGUCCAAUCUCGCCCGCGCUCAGCCACAAAAGCUCCAAGUCGCUGAAGCUUAGUGCCGCCGCCGCCAACAACAACAACAACAGCAGUAGCACGAACAACAAUCACAUCGUGUCCACCACCUCCGAGAUAGUGCCACAGACGAAGAAGCUUACCAAGCGGAAGCAUCAGGCCGCAUCCCGCAAAGAAUCGUCCGCCGCCCACCAUCACCAUCACCUGCACCAUCUGAUGCGAUCGCCGAGCCAUACGCACCCGCACCAUCUCUCGAUCCCGGUCGACAUACCGGUAAGUCCGGGACCGAUCUCACCACCAACGUCCGGGUCUUCGCCACAGUCGAACGGUAGCGUGGAGCUUCCGACCACGAUCACGACCACCAGCACCACCUCGAACAGCAUCAACAAUUCCUCCUCAUCGACGUCCUGCUCCUCGGUUGCGUCACGUGACCCGUCGCGCGAUAAGGUGUUCACGUGCAAGAUCUGUAGCCGCUCGUUCGGGUACAAGCACGUCCUGCAGAACCACGAGCGAACGCACACCGGCGAGAAACCGUUCGAGUGUCCCGAGUGUCACAAGCGCUUCACGCGCGACCAUCACCUCAAGACGCACAUGCGGCUGCAUACGGGCGAGAAACCGUACUCCUGCACGCACUGCGACCGGCAGUUCGUGCAGGUCGCUAACCUGCGCCGGCAUCUGCGCGUGCACACCGGCGAGAAGCCGUACGAGUGCGAGAUGUGCGACCAGAAGUUCAGCGACUCGAACCAGCUGAAGGCGCACAUGCUUAGCCACAGCGGCCAGAAACCGUUCCACUGUGAUAGGUGCAACUCGAGCUACCGGCGGCGGCACCAUCUGCUGCACCACAAGUGCGGUCUGCCGAGUCCACCGACACCGGCCGUGAGUCCUGCCGCCAGCGGCGAUCACCUGUCCGAUCACGCGAAAUCGGUGUGCGGUGGGUCCGAGUCGAGUGAUCUGUCGUUGGACGGGCUGACGAAGAUUCCGACCACACCGGGCAUGUUGUUGCACCAGAAGUUCCCUGGGUUAACGCUUCCGCUUAACUUCGGUCCACUGCCGACGGAGGUGACGUCCGAUGCGGGUACGGCCGCGAUGGAUCUGCGUGCAUCUAGCAGAUCGCGAACACCGCAGCAGAUCGCUCACAUCAAGAGUGAACUGCCGGAGCAGACGGAACCGGAAGAUCUUAGCAUGCAUUCGCCCCGCUCGCCGGUGUCCAUGGAGGAGCUGGACGAGUUGGACGAUGCGGCGACACUCUACCUCAAGCAGCGCCAACAGCUGCUCCAGCAGCAACACCACGGGAUGGAGCUGUAAGCUAGAGACGGAGAUGUACAAGAAAACCACCAAAAAAACACAAACACACAGACAGUCAGACACAACCUCAAGAUGCCAAUCUAUUAAGUAACUAAAGAAUUACUGUUAAGCGUCACCUGGUACUACUGCUGGUAGAGCGGUACGGAUGGGGUGGCGGUCGCUAUACAGCAAACAAGGUUAAUAUAGGAGAAUUUAUAUUAUAUACACACCUCCCGAAACCGUAACUGGGAGGGGGAGAAUUGAAAAUCAAAGUAUGUGUGUGUGUGUGUGCGUGUGAGAGAAAGAGGGUGCGAGAGAGAGAGAGAAAUGGAGGGAGAUCCUUUAAAACCGUACCCCCUUCUAGAGCAUUGUAUAUAUAAAUGUAUGAGCCUUUGAAAUCUCGAUGUACAAAGUAAUCUUAAAACAAGUGUUAUACUUUCUCGCGAUCACUCCUCAAGAUGAUCCUCUCUCUCCCACACUCUCUAUCUCCCUCUUUCUCUCGAGGAUCAACGAGGAACAUCACCAUUUUUCCAAGUCACAAAUCGUUCAGGGAGCUUAACACUAGAGCCAGAGCGGCUCUACGUAAGCGAAUUGUUUUAUGUUAAAUGUGUUAGAGAGGCGAGUGUGUUGGUGUGUAACGAAAAAAAAACACACACAAACUCACAAACAAACAAUUGAAAAAAAAACAAACAAAACACAUUUGCUCAUAUUAGUUUCGUUUCGAUCAAACCGGACCCCAGACGCACGGUGCUCGUGAUCCGUCACGGGGCUACUGUGCAAGGGUACGCGGUUUGUUUUGGUAUACAAGUUCCUCCUCAAUAGUCGCGCUGAAACAAAGCAAAAGAAGAAAGGACGAAUCGUAAGGAUGUCCCCCAUUAUCCCCUCCCCCACCACUCCCACUUUCUUCCCCAAAAACCCACCCCGUUCCCGUUCACACACAGUCCCAAACAUUCUUAGCCAUACCAUCGCUUCUUCGCGUGCGAUCGUGAUCGCGUGGAUCGAUCUGGGAUCGUUCUCCGAGUGCGUGUCCAAAAUGCAGUGCCAAAAACUCCUUUCGCGUUUCGUUGUAGGGCAAACACACGUUAAAUGUUUAGGUCAAAGCAAAUCGUUUACUUUUUUUCAAAAAUGAUGGCAGCAAAAUCAAAAUUCGUUUUUUAGUUGAAAUAUUUUAGUUAUAGUAGAUGGGUUCUUUGUGGGGAAUUUAUAUUCUAAUUUUGGGGGGGGGGGGGGAGGGGGGGGAGAGAAUGAAAAGGUCCGUUUUAGGUUUAGCUAAGUCUAGUGCUAGGCGUGAUUAGGCGGGCGGGCGGGGAGUUUUUUUUUAUUAUUUUGUAACAAUGGUCUCCAAAGGUGUUAGUGGGGGUUUAAACAAAACAAGGGUCCAGCAACAUUGGUGCGGUUAUACUAUUAAUAUUAUUUUUAUUUCUUUAUUUUGAAAAUAAAACAAACAUAUUUAAACGUUUUUUUGUUUCGCUGAAAAUCAAGAAAAACGGAUAUUGAAGACUACUUUGUGUUGUAUUAUUUUAUUUUACCCUUUCAAGGUUUAAGUUUAUUUAUUUGUCUCCCUUGACCACGGAAGGGUUACCGAUAAGCAUCAACAGUUGUCCGCCCCACGAUUGAUCUCGUCCCUCUCGACUGUUUAUCCCUCGAUUAAGAACACAUUUUGUGUUGUUCACUUCCGGAACUUCAGCCGACAUUCCCUUUUUUUUGCUGCCGGACAUUAUAAACAACCCAUCCGGACAUUCCGAACCCUUCCUAGUCUGUUCGCUAGAAGUUGAGGUGGGGUGGACAAAAAAAAGGACGAGAAAGCCCAUAAAAUUCCUUGCCAAACCCACCGCCAUCGGUCACAGGGUCGAUUAGGGACAUGUUUUACAUACAUGCUUGACCUAAACCUUCCCUCGAGGGAGUCUGUCCGUCCGAAGUUUUUUUUUGCCUCGAUAUUUCAAGUUCCGGCUUUCGGCUAAAGACAGCACAAUAAAUCCCUUUCGGCCUCGCUCAACCCCGGACUGCAGUGAUUUUCAUUCAAUAAAAUAACAAUUUGCUGUGGAUUUUCGUGAGUGGGACGAAAAAAGGGGUUUUUCACACCAAAAAAUAUUUCCUCACACCGCAUGGAAAGGGUUUUAGCUGGCAGGAUGAUUUCUUGAUAAGGGUGUUGAAUUGGGCAACAAGCGGGGCGUAAUUUACACCCUUUUCCCGAGCUCGGACACAUUCGCACGAUUGAAUGCAAUUAAGCGAGUGGAAUUGGAAUGUCUUCCUGUCUGGAUGGGAUAUUCAUCAUAGGAAGAAGGUUUGCAAGCUCGAGGAGCGUGUUGAUAAAGGUUAAUAAUCGUUCAGGAUUGAUUUUCGAUCAACAAGAGCCAGCUUUUUGGUUUUUCAAAAUUCUUUCCAGGGACAUUGGACUGAGUGUUCUCAGCAUGUUUUAGCCAAACACAAAAAGGGCAUUACCACUGCCCUUGCAAAAUUGUUGCAAACCAAGGCCAGCCUGCCGGCAGACCGUGAACCGAUCGACCAAACUAACCUUUCGCAUUUGCCAAAAACCCCUGCGAACGCUCCAAUUGUGGCCAUAAAUAUCGACAAAAUAAACCAUAAACCAAUCCGUUUUCCCUUCGCCACGCUGGCAAUCUUUGGUUGCCAAUUUUACUUUCCGUUUUUACAAUCCAUUGUGAGGCCCCCGUCCUUGAGCCGGUUCUCGUCCCUUUUCUUUUUUUUUGCUUCAGGGUGGUGUAAAUAAUUACAUGCAUUUAAACUGGACCGAACGGCCGCACAAUUGGUUGCCGGGUUUGGUCACUUGGUGUUGUGUCAUCCCACCGGUUCGGGUUGUCCGGUUCAGUUCCCGGGCAGGUAGUGCUGCCGAGUAAGGAAGCGUUGUUUAAAUUGUGUUUCUUUUCCGAUUCGAUCCCGCCGAGGUUUGCGAUGGUUUUGCGAUGGAGCGCUCCUGUGCUAAGUGCUGUAAAUAGGUGUUGCAAAAAUUUGAACAAAAACCACAUCCUGCUUCAUACGUGUCGAUGGUAUUUUGGUAUGGAAAAGAAGAAAGUAUCCAGCAAACAACUCAAAACCUCCUUCAGUCACAAAACCGUGUGGGUACAAUUUAAGGCUAGAUGUGUUGUCAGUGUCCAAAAAGGUCAACGAUUUGGAACGGAUUAUAAUUGUUAAUGUUAGUAUGUAACGCUACUAGGCACAGGCUAGUUCAGUCAGUAAACGAAACAGUAAAUGCCAAAAAAACGAAAUGAAAACUGUGUCCCUCCUGAUGAGAAAAUCAUUCUACCCGAAGAGAUAGAUGGAAUCGAAAAAGGAUGUUAGGUCGGUAAGGAAGGAGUAGGAUAAAAAUGUGCAAUUUUUAACUCUGUUUCUUCCUUCUUUUUCAUUUAAACUCAAUAAUCAAAAAUGUAGUAGCUUGUUUUAGUUUUAUCUAAGUUGUUGUUAACUUGAACCGAUGUAGUAAAAGCUAAUUAGGAAAAGAGAAACUUUAAAUUUUAAUUUAAAAACAAAUAUUCUAAAGAAGAAAAAUUUCCUCGAAAGACCUCACUUCGAAAGCACAAAAACAUAGUAAAGAGAAAAGCGGAAGGAGAAAAACAAAUUUCCCGUCAUAUAUAAAUGUGUAUCGUCUUGUAUGAUUAGGUGUGUUGGUUAGCGAUGUUCUUAAGAAAGCAUCGAAACUGUUACAAAACAUUACACUUACAAAACGAAAGAGGAAAAAAUGAAAGCAAAACAACAAAGAAGAAAAAUAAGCGAACUCUCCUUUGACCAUAGUACAAAUUUUUGCUCUAGUGAAAAAUGAACGAAAAUACUGGAAGGAAAAAAACACUAGAUAACCCCAGUAAAGCUCAGCAAAAGCAACAGUGUCAUUGUCCUUAUCACCGUAAGCCAAUUAAAUACCUUUUAUGCACUUUAUGCAAAA